AAUCUAACAUCACAGAACGGUAGUCCAACCUCUAGACUCCAGAGAGAAACGUGGAAGGUGAAUUCUCCGUAGUGUAUGAAGUAUGAACCUGUGAGUCUUUUAUCUCCAAGUUUUACACAUUAUGUGUCGUAUUUAAAGACAACAAGAUAUGUAACAUUUACAAGUUUCGUCACCAUCUAAUUUCGAGCGACAUUACAAUGUGUUUCAGAGUUUUAAUGAAUUUCAAAGACACCUAAUGAGGAGAUCAGUUGCAGUUUGUUUGCGAGGAACAGUCAACCUGAUUUGCUUUGGAUUUUACGGGUCUUUAACCUCUGCCUUUCGAACGCUUUCAUCCGAUGGAACUCCGUGAAAACUGAAAACUGCUCUUUCCGUCUUAUUUAUGUGUAUAGAUCGGCUCAAAGAUUCCAGUCAUGAUGCCCGAAAUUCAGAUGUCUUUGAUUUCCCUUCUCUUCAUUUCCGUCUGGGUAUGCACUGUAUCUUCAAUAACAAUCUUAGAGGGUCCAACGAACACUGCAAGUGACCUAGGUACCUAUGCUAGACUAACAUGUCGAGUAGCAGAUCAAGGAAGCGAGCCCGUCCGAUGGUUUCGGAUUGACAACAAAAGCAUCAUCAGUACCGACAGCAAGAUCAUCAAGCGUGCCCUUCGGAGAAGACUGAGGAUCGAAGGCAACACGUUAUUAGGAGAGUACCAUCUUGUCUUUCGACAGGUGACUCGCAGCGAUAAUGGUACAUAUGCCUGUGGUGUGUAUUCAACUGAAACCAGGCAAACGAUCAUGUCUCCUCCGGUGUCUUUGAUAGUCGUUGAGCAACCAACGUGUAGCCUAUCGUCUUCAGAGUCACUUGCACCAGGAGUGACUGUCACCCUUUCCUGUGCUUCCCAUAAUCCGGGCCUUGAUGUGAGCUUGUCGUGGCACAGACCUGCAGAACCUGAACAAGUAAUCUUCGGGUCUACAAACGUCAAUCAAACAGGCAAUACUCGAUACAGUCAACUAAACAUCACACUUAGACCAACUGACUUCGGAGAAAGUUAUAUGUGCAAAGAGGCAUCAUUGAUAGAACCUACCUUCAGCAAGGCGUGUACCAUUACCCCUCUCGAGACAAAUGUUCCUGUGAUUCUUUUUCCAAAGCAGAUGCAAGCAGUGCAGGGUCAGGAUGUUUCAUUCAGAUGCAUCAUAGCUAGUAAGAACCCUCUUACCUACGAAUGGUAUAUCAAUGGGUUGAGAGAUUACAAUGCCAGAAAGGACAAGUAUCUCUUUUCCCCCGUCACUUUGGAUCACAACAAUACAAGAGUGGAAUGUAGAACCCGUGAUGAGAUCGCACAAAUGACCGGAAACGCCAGUUCCAUUCUGUACGUUUACCCUAAGAAUAUUCCAUCUGUGACCACAGAAGCGGUUGUUGAAAGAUCGCAAGAUUCAUCCAGUGUGACACUGGAUACCCACUUUAUUGGCGUUCCACGAGGCAAGACGACGCAAUCUACCGCAGAUAAAGUGACAAGCGAUUCACAAGCAGCCACAUCGCCUGAAAUACAAGAUACUGCAAAACCUGUGACGAAGGAACCCUCGGUGAAUACAACUGUCAAUAAUGCAAUUCUAAGAUCUCCAAUACCCCCAUCCAAUGUUGCUCGUGAUGACCUUCCAUCUGGCCUUGGAAGCACUAGUGAGAACAAGUGGUCAAAUAUGAUGGUUCCCGUAAUAGCCAUUGGAUCGGUCAUCGCAGUCCUCCUUGUGUGCGUCAUCGUUGUUCUCUUGCUCUUUCUUGUUCGUCAAAAUCGUGUCGCCCAUGGCAGUACGGCCGACAAAGACGACUCUCGUAAAAGUGACAUUCACAUGGAUGAACUUCGACAUCCUGAUGUGUCACCUGCCAACAGAACGUUGAAUAGCGAGAGUACCGAGAUGGAAUGCGACGAUGCGGAAUGUUUAGGACCAAAGUAUUUUACAUUGGAACCGGGGAAACGAAAAGUACGUCGUCUUGAACGCACAUGUAGUCACAUGAUCAUGAACGACUCUGCGUCAGAGUACAACGUUCUGCGCAGGGAUGCAAGCCUGAGGACACCAGCAGGAGUUCAAAUGAAUGACUAUGUGCGGCCGGAUUCGCAAAUCUCCACAGGUGAUGGAGACAUGAGUACAGUCGCAGCUUAUGCCAUAACAGAUGUAACCCUAGGAGGCGGAACGUCAUCUUUGCGAAGGAGCAAGAGCUGCUUAAGACCUUUACCCGCUGCGCCUAUCGAGGCAAUUAUGAACAGAAGUCAUUACAACAUUCCCAGAGACGCGUUCGCGAAGGGGUCUAGCGCAACUGAAAGUAGUGGGGACAGUGUGACAAUGUCAGUUGUACGACGUGUCAUGUCGGAUACGAUACCUGGUGCGUACAGGAGAUCUCAAGUAGCUACAGCCUUCUCACCCGCAGGUGAUGAAUACGCCGAGAUUGAUACUCCACCAAGAGCUUCUUCACCCAUUAACUUCUUCACCCAUUCUCGCCCGAACUCACCGGACACCUUGCAGGAGAAUGGCCUCCAAUCUGUCAAAGACUUUGCCCUGUCUCUAGCCAGUAGUUACGAGAGUGGUUACGAUGCCGCAAGCAGUGAUGAUGUCAUGGAUUGCGACAUGUCAUCACCGUACGCGACCAUAGACGUCCUUGAGCAGAAGGAUCAGUCAACGUUACCAGAGCAAACUAUCGCGGAAUCAAAUUUGGGCAAGGAAGCUGAACCUAAAAAGAUGCCAGUUUAUGCCAAAAUUAAGAGAACACGCGGGACGCAGGUGGAAGAUAAAAAUAUUGAUGAUGACAAUGAUUUGUUAAGUGAGGUCGUUUGCUGAAACUAUAUAUAU